AUGGUCGUUCGGGGAGCUAGUCACAAGUACAUCACCGCUGGAUCUAAGAGUGCUGAAUUGUUGCAUAAUUUGCUGGAGCAGGACGACCAUAGUGAGUCGAGGCGCGUCUUGCGUCGUGAUUGAUUCCUUUACGCCGCGCCUCGUUGAGCCUGAAUCGACCUUGUCGUUCUGCAGCUCAUGACUAUCCCAACAAAGCAGUCACGCAGAUGUUGGGCGUGCCGCGCAAUACGGCGAAAGAUGAACUGCGUCUCAGCGAGCUCAAAAAUAAGAAAGGCGAAUCGGGGCAAAGCGCCAUGGAGGCGUCUGAACAGGCCGACGACGAUGAUGAGGAGCAGGAAGAAAUGCAGUCCGAUCAGACGGUCACCUCGAAGGAUCGCAAACGCAAGCGAGAGGACAAACAGGGGUCAUCGAAAUCAGUUCAGAAUAUUUGGGGAAGACCCGUAUCAAAGUCCAAAGCCAAGAGUCGUCGGGCUUGA